UUCCAAGAUGGCAGACAUGCCGCUUAUACCAUGAUAGUAUGGACUCGUAGGAGUAUAAGUUUUAGGUGUGUCUUUCUAAAUAUCGAACUAUAAUGUCUCCCGAAAUUUUGAAUAAAGUCUUUUACGAAUAUAUCGACAAUGUAAAGCAACGUUCUCGCGUAGUGUGCGCUAGAUUUAGGUAACGUUUGUGCCGAAACAUAUGUAAAACGGUGAUCGAAAUCAUUGUGUUAUUCGGUUUAUCGUGUACGAUAAGUAUUCUGGUUUGAUGUUAAAUUAAAAUGUGGAAUAUGAUGUGCGACGUGAUGCCUACGAUAUCUGAAGACAAUAUUAGCCAGCGUAGUUCGCAGUUCUCUGGCGAGGAUGCGAAUUUCGAGCAGCUCAUGGUGUCUAUGUUGGAUGAGAGAGAUAAGCUCGUGGAGAGCCUCCGGGAGACGCAGGAGCGCCUCGGGGACACCGAGCUGCGACUCAAGGACGUGGAGAAAGAGCGGGACUCGUUGCACCGACAGAUCGCAGCUAACUUACCUCAGGAAUUCGCGACACUCACGAAGGAGCUAAACCAAGCACGCGAACAGCUCUUAGAACGGGAAGAAGAGAUUUCAGAGCUCAAAGCGGAGAGAAACAAUACCAGGUUACUCUUAGAGCAUCUAGAAUGUCUCGUGUCCCGCCACGAGCGCUCGCUGCGCAUGACUGUGGUGAAGCGCCAAGCCGCCGCGCAGUCUGGUGUCUCCUCGGAAGUGGAGGUGUUGAAGGCGCUGAAGAGUCUCUUCGAACACCACAAGGCGCUCGACGAGAAAGUCCGGGAAAGACUGCGAGUUGCGUUAGAAAGAAAUACAGCAUUAGAAGAAGAAUUAGCGUUAACCAAAGAAGAAUUACAGCAAUACAAGGCGUCUGGCACGCAAGAGGGGGAGAAGCCGAAAGAGAACGGUACGGCCACGAGUGGAUCGCCGGAACAGAACGGCGAGCAACAACAAAUUAAGGAAAGUAGUGUUAACGGCGAAACGGACGGCAAGAAACUGACUGAGCUCCAAAACACGAUCGCCAAGCAGUCAGCGGAAUUAAGCUCGUGGCAACGUCGAGUCGCGGAGCUCAAUAAUAAGGUGACAGAACUCGAAGAGAGACUCUCGAAGGGAGAAAAGGAGCUGGUGAAGAAGCAGGAAGAAUGUGCAAAGUUACAGCGAGAUUUAAGAGAAAACGUGGCACAAAAGGAGGACCAGGAGGAAAGAAUAGCAACUCUAGAAAAGCGAUAUCUGAACGCCCAACGAGAGUCCACGUCUCUUCACGACCUCAAUGAGAAGUUGGAGCAAGAACUACAACACAAGCAGGCACAAUUGAAGCUCCAAGAAGAGAAAAUUGCCGCUAUCGAGGAAAAACUGGAAUUAUCGUCGCAGAAACUUGCGCAAAUGUCGUCCCUGCCUGAAAUGGAGGAGCAGCUCAAGGCGAGGAUGGAGGCUCUCAGUCAGUCUGAACUACUUUUCUCGUGUUCCCAGGCGCAAGAGCGUCACGGUUCCGCCGAAGACCGCAUCCAGCGCCUCGAGGCCAGUGUUGAGGAGAAGAACGCGGAACUGCUCCGUCUCAACCAGAGGCUACGGAUGAACGAGGAACACAACACGCGCCUGUCGGCUACUGUCGACAAACUACUGUCCGAGUCCAACGACAGAUUGCAAGUUCAUCUCAAAGAGAGGAUGCACUCUCUGGACGAGAAGAACGCUCUCACGCAAGAAUUGGAGAAAACAAGAAAAUACGCGGACGAGCUACUGUCCGAAAAGGCGGAGAUCUUGAAGGAAUUGGCCAAGUGGAGAAUGGAGACUGAACAGCUGAAGCGCCAGAUGCUGCAGGCGGAGAUCGCGUUCAACAUUCAGCAGACGGACGCGCUCACGCGCUCGCUGUCGCCCGCCGCGCCGCAGCCGCCGCUCGCGCCCGCCCAGCUCUUCCCGCCCAAGCUGGACGGGUCGUGGGAGAAACUACAGCAGGCCCACGUGCUGGCCAGCGUGCCGCCCUUCGACGUAACUAGCGACGCGGAGAACUCGGAACCCGAGGGCGGCGAGGGCGGGCACACGGACGCGGCGGCGCUGGCGCUGAUGCUGCAGGAGCAGCUGGACGCCAUCAACACGGAGAUCCGCCUCAUCCAGGAGGAGAAGCAGAGCACCGAGGCGCGCGCCGAGGAGCUGGAGUCGCGGCAGGAUAUUUCCUACUCAACACUAAUCAAUGCUAUCCCUACAAGACCUAUGUGGCCGCAGGUGGGCAGCUACGAGCACAUGAACGUGGUGUCGCGGAGGGCGGAGUCACCGCCGCCCGCCGCUUCACCGUCACGCCCCAACCACCACAAGUACCACACGGCGCCGGCCUCCAUGUCUCCGGCGCAUGCGCACUACCGCGCCGCGCCCGCCUCCGAGAGCCUGCCCUCCAGCCAGGUCGGUCCGCCGGCCCCACUGACCCUACAGCUAUGCGAGGAUGUGGGCGUGGUUUCCGAGGGGGCGGAGUCUCCGGUGGGCGUGGCCGGCGCGCGAGCCCUCAGGCUUGAGCGCGCCGCCCGCGCCAUACACGCGGAGCGAGACCGGCUUCGAACCCACUACCAGACGCCUUACGACUCGACGUCGAUCAUGUCAGGAAGCCUCGCAAGGAUCCCCAUACACAGCUCAAGUCAAGAGUCCCUGGGAGCCGUUGGGGCGUCAAGUAGUGGUGCGUGGGGAGGAGCGUCUCCUGGACUACCUCGGGGGGUCGCAGCUGCAGCGUCUGCGGUCUCCAUCGCUUCCAUGCACCAACAGAAGAAGAGGGGUAUCAAAAGUUCCCUUGGAAGAUUCUUCAGCAAAAAGGAAAAGGCGGGCAUGCCGCUGCCGCAGGGCGCGAGCCCGCGCUCGCUGUCGUCGGCGUCGCUGGCGCUGGACGACGAGCAGCACGCGCCGCUCGCGCCGCCGCACCAGGACUACGCGCGCACCAAGACCAAGGAGCGUGACUACCGCCACGAGCUGCUGGGCGAGGCCAUGCGCGCCGGCACGCCCUUCGCGCUGUGGAACGGGCCCACCGUCGUGGCGUGGCUGGAACUGUGGGUGGGCAUGCCGGCCUGGUACGUGGCCGCCUGCCGGGCCAACGUUAAGUCCGGGGCGAUCAUGUCCGCGCUGUCCGACCAGGAGAUCCAGCGGGAGAUUGGCAUCAGCAAUCCCCUGCACCGGUUGAAGCUCCGGCUGGCCAUACAAGAGAUGGUGUCCCUGACGUCUCCGUCCGCGCCCCGGGGCACCGCCUGCGCGGCGCUGGCCUUCGGGGACAUGAACCACGAGUGGAUCGGCAACGUGUGGCUGCCCUCGCUGGGUUUACCUCAGUACAGAACUACUUUUAUGGAGUGUCUGGUCGACGCGCGGAUGUUGGAGCAUCUCACGAAAAGAGAUCUACGGACUCAGUUAAAGAUGGUCGACAGUUUUCACAGAACGUCCCUUCACUUCGGCGUGGCGUGUCUGAAGCGCGUCGGAUAUUCCGUCAGAGCGUUGGAAGAACGACGCCGCGCCUCCGAACACACCGUGCGAGACGUGCUCGUGUGGACCAACGAGCGACUGCAGCGCUGGCUGCUGGCCAUCAACCUCAAGGAGUACGCCAACAACCUGUCGGAGAGCGGCGUGCACGGGGCCCUCAUAGCGCUGGACGACAACUUCGACGCCAACAGCAUGGCGCUGGCGCUGCAGAUCCCCACGCAGAACACACAGGCGCGGCAAAUACUCGAAGUGGAAUUCAACAAUCUCCUAGCGACGGGAACGGAAAGAAAGGCGCGCCCCCCGCACGACCACGCGCCGCCUUCCUGA